AUGGAUCGGGACAGGACGCUUCGGGGAUCCUGUUCCUGUGGUCGCAAUCAGUAUGUCAUCAACAUCCCACAGAACUCCGCAGCCCAGGCCGAGGUAUACUUCGACACAAGCAGAGACCACCGGAGAAACCAAGCGGCCCCGCUGACGGCAUGGCUACGCGUGCCCCUUGACUGGUACCACUCAUAUACAACCUCCUACUUCCCAGAUGAAACACACAGCGCCAUCCGCCGUACCUUCAUUCCGCCAAAUGCACCGCAUUCCCAGCGCAAUUUCUGCGGCUUCUGCGGCACGUCUAUGUCAUAUUGGAGCGAGGAUCCGCCUGAAGAGGCUGAGUUUAUGUCCGUGACGAUUGGCAGUUUGUUCAGCACGGAUCAGGCGGCGUUGGAGGAUUUGGAUCUGUUGCCUGUCGACGCCGAUGUUGAUGUUGAUACUGAUAUUACUACUGCUGCUGCUGCUGCUCAGCCGGUUCCCUCUUCAUCCUCCCCACCUACAACAACCCAACUCACACCAAGAAGCAAAGAACCCCAGAUGUCGGUCAAGCACCGGUUUGGCAUCGUCAAUGGCAUCCCGUGGUUCGAAGAGAUGAUAGAGGGGAGCAGGCUGGGGAGGGUUGAAAAGACAAGACGCGGGGUUGGUAUUGGCACAGACAUAUCUAUGAGGGUGGAAUGGGAAGUGAGCGAGUGGCAUGACGAUGAUUCAGGUCCUAUCGUGGAAGAUUUGAGUGCUGUCUCCGGCUCCGGCUUUGGAGCUGACAUAUAUUCGGGCCCCCGACCCCCCAAGAGGAAAACUCCCGAGGUAGGUGGUCAUGAUGUGGGGAUCUGA